ACUGCAUUGUAGAACAUACAUCCCAAUGGAGGACUCAAUACCGCCUCAUCUCUCGAUGCCUGACACAAGUCCUUCUCCAACAACUGCGACACCAAUCCCUCCUACCAUCCCCAUCCCACCUUUGCUUGGCCCCGCGGACGAGGUUGCGACCUUAUCUAAUUACCCUCGAGACACAGAUGAAAAGCAAGAUGUGGUCGGGAGAGGGAGUCAAGCCGACACGGAGCGACAAGAAACCAUCACCGAGCGAUCCUCAGCACCUCCUCGUCUGACUCGUGUUCGACUUGCGUUGUUGUUCCUUGGGUAAAUUGUCAUGGCAAACGGUGUGUUUUAUUUUCAUUUUCAACCGACCCACAUUUAGACUGACAAACGCCCCCUUCUCGAUGCCGCUCCUUGUUCCUAUCUACAACAGCAUGUUCACCGGCGCUAUGCUCGCCGCGCUUGACAUCACCAUCAUUGCCACCGCGCUCCCCCAUAUUGCCUCGGACUUUUCUGCACAGACCCAAAUGUCCUGGGUCGCAACCGCCUAUCUCCUCGCCUACACCGCUUUUCAGCCCGUCUACGGCCGCUUUUCCGACAUCUUUGGCCGCAAGUACAUGUUUCUCUUUGCUUGCACGAUCUUCCUCGUCGCGUCUAUUGGCUGCGGUGCCGCUCCUUCCAUGACAGCCCUCAUCCUCUUCCGUGCGCUCCAGGGUCUCGGCGGCUCAGGACUUUUCUCGGUCGUCAUCAUCAUGGUCUCGGAUAUGUUUGAGAACUUAGAAGAGCGCGCACGAUAUCAAUCUCUCAUCUGGCUAGCUUUCGCAGUCUCGGGUGUCGCUGGGCCGCUCUUGGGCGGCGCCUUCGUCGAGCAUGUCACCUGGCGUUGGUGUUUCUACAUCGGUAUACCCUUGACCGUCUUACCUAUGGUCCUUGUCGGCACCUUAUUUAACGUUCCAUUCGAAAAGACCCAGCUAUCCGAAAAGAUGCGAAGGGUCGAUUACUUGGGCGUGCUUUUCAUUGUUGCUGCUGUGCUCUGUCUACUGCUCCCGCUCAGCUGGGGUGGAACCACUUACGCCUGGAACUCUGCGCCAAUCAUCAUCCUGUUCUGUCUGUUUGCAGUCCUCCUUGUUGUCGUGUACUUUAUUGAACUCCGCGCAGGAAAGGAUGCUGUGAUCCCGCCAGCGCUGUUCUUGAAUAGGAAUGUGGCCCUCGCGGUUCUGAUCAACGGCCUCAUGGGCAUGUGCUACAUGGGCUGCACGUACUACAUGCCGUUGUACUUCCAAGCUGUCCAGGGCACGUCAACAACGAAUUCGGGUCUGCGUAUGAUGCCGAGUACUUUUGCAAUUGUAUUCAGCACCAUAACCGCGUCCUUCCUUCUCAAGCGCGUGCGAGAUUACCGGGUGUUCCUGUGGGUAGGAACUGCAAUUAUGACGCUCGGAGUCGGGCUGUUCAUGUUACUAGACGCUGAGGCUGGACUGGGCAAGCAGCUGGGGUUUGUGUUGAUCAUGGGAUUGGGACAAGGACUGAUUUUCCAAAACUGUCUGCUGACGUGUCAGGAGUGUGCAGGAGAUGAGUACAUUGCGGUAGCCACUGCGCUGUGUGGAUUUAUCAACAGCGUUGGCAGUGCGGUUGGUGUGGCCAUCUGCGGUUCUGCAUUCAACAACGCCUUGGUGAAGAAUGUGGCCAAGUUGAGUCCCGAGAUCCAGGAGAUUGUACGCGAGUAUGGGGUGAUCGAGAAUAUGGACGCGAUAUCCAAGCUGCCUGGGGACGAGAUUAGACGACAGGUCGUGCAGACGUAUGCGGAUUCGUUUCGGUUCCUGUUCAUGGUCCUGACGCCGAUCAUGGGGGCCUCGUUCAUUAUGUCGUUGUUCUUGAACAAGCGACGUCCUGCACCUGCUGCUACCGAGAAAGAGACAUAGAACAUAUACCUAAUAUUCAACUACAAAUCUAAUAGACAUCCAUGUGGAGUACAUAGAGAUGUACUACGUAUUGAAGCCUCUUUCAA